AUAUAGUCCUUAGUGCAACCUUCUCUGCCUCUCCAUAUAACCAUUUCUAAACAUUAUUUUCCAAGGUAGCAUCACACACAAAAUGACCUCAAGCUUCUUUCUAUUGCUUUCCUUAUUCCUCCUCUCAUCAUCAUGUACCUCCUACGCACUUUCGAACGUUGAAGCCUCUUUAAUAGCUCGUCGCCAAUUGCUACACUUGCAUGAGAAUGAGGAUUUACCGGACAACUACGUAGAUAACUAUCAAACAAAUCUAACCUUCUCCAAUCCUAGACUCAAACGUGCAUACAUUGCACUCGAGGCAUGGAAAAAAGCAAUCUACUCAGACCCAUCAAAUGCCACAGGGGAUUGGGUGGGCCCAAAAGUUUGCUCCUACAAAGGAGUUUAUUGUCAAAAGGCCCUAGAUGACAUAAAGGUCGAUGUUGUGGCUGGGAUUGAUCUUAACCAUGCAGACAUCGCAGGUUACAUUCCCUCUGAAUUUGGUUUGUUAACCGACCUUGCACUUUUGCAUAUAAACUCGAACAGGUUUUGUGGGAUUCUCCCAAAGAGCUUUUCAAAGCUAAAGCUAUUGUAUGAGUUAGACAUCAGCAACAACCGUUUUGUUGGGACAUUCCCAGAGCCCGUGCUUUCAAUUCCAGACCUUAAAUUCCUUGACAUCCGGUUCAACGAAUUCGAAGGGACAUUGCCUUCGGAGCUUUUCAACAAAACCCUAGAUGCUAUCUUUUUGAACAACAAUAGAUUCACCUCCACAAUUCCUCAGAACUUGGGAUCUUCUCCAGCUUCGGUUGUGGUUUUGGCAAACAACGAUCUAACAGGAUGCGUUCCUUCGAGCGUUGGCGACAUGACAAAGACGUUGAACGAGUUUGUUUUGAUCAACAACAACCUCAGUGGUUGCUUACCCGCGGACAUUGGAAAGCUGAAACAAGUUUCUGUGUUUGACAUCAGCGGGAACAACUUCGUUGGCGUGUUGCCAGAGACCUUUAACGAGCUUCAAAGCGUGGAGCAGUUUUCCAUUGCGCACAACAAGCUCACUGGUGUCAUCCCACAAAAAGUGUGUAGCUUGCCCAAGUUGGUCAACUUCACGUUCUCUAAUAACUUCUUCGACACUGAGGAACAAGGUUGUGUUCCUUCUAAGAAAGACAAAGAUUUUGUGUUUGAUGAUGAGAAAAACUGCAUACCCGAUAGACCAAAGCAAAAGGAUUUAGACGAUUGCAAUGAGGUGUUAAGCAAUCCUGUGGAUUGUAGCAAAGCGCAAUGUGGAGGUGGUAAUAGCCCCUCUCCAUCUGUGCCAAAAUCUUCGAAUCCUCCACAACCUCAGAAGCAAACACCACCAGCUCAACCUACUACUCCUCCAACACCUAAGCCACAACCUUCAACACCAAAGCCACAACCACCUACACCACCAGAGGAUGAUCCUCACGAGGAAUCACCCCGAACACGACAAAGAUCUCCACCACCACCACCUGUUCAAUCUCCUCCACCACCACCAGUUCAAUCUCCUCCUCCACCGGUUCACUCUCCACCACCACCAGUUCAAUCUCCUCCUCCACCGGUUCACUCUCCACCACCACCAGUUCAAUCUCCUCCUCCACCGGUUCAUUCUCCACCACCACCUGUUCUGUCUCCUCCUCCACCAGUUCACUCCCCACCACCACCUGUUCAGUCUCCUCCUCCACCGGUUCACUCUCCACCACCACCGGUUCAAUCUCCUCCACCACCAGUUCACUCUCCACCACCUCCUGUGUACUCUCCACCACCUCCUGUGUACUCUCCACCACCACCAGUGCACUCUCCACCACCUCCUACACAAGAUAUUCUCCUUCCCCCUAACUUUGGCUCUUCUUAUGCUUCACCCCCUCCACCUACCAUUUCCGGCUACUAAACGAGGAUACCAAUGACAUAAUCCUCCAAGGGCAGCUUAAGGACGACUUGUAUGUCUUUCCUCACCUUCAAAAAGUUCACUCUAUUUCUGCUCAUCAAGUUCAGAAGGAUUCUAGUCAUUCUCUCUUCCAGCUUUGGCAUUCAAGGCUUGGACAUCCCUUUCUUAGAAUUGUGAAAUUGGAUUUAAAAUAUUGUAAUAUACCUAGUAGUCAUUUUCCUAAUUCCUUUUUGUGUGAUUCAUGUUGUAUGGGUAAAGCCCAUCAACUACCAUUUGUACAAUCCAUUAUUGAAUAUAAAAGAACUCUUGAACAUGUUUUCAAUGA